AUGUCACUUCGCCAACGGCAUCGUCUUAUCCGCUCCUUUCAGCAUUUAGAGUCGCCAUCCCGCGGUUUGGGAUCAACACUUCACAACGUGGACCUGAUUCUGCUCCUCAUCGCUCACCGCCUACGGCACAACCUCUUCAAAGAUGGCUCGACACUACAUGAUAUUCUUCACGCGGCAUUCCAGCGUGGCGACCAUGUCCUCCGUUGGGCUGACCGAACACUUCCAAUCGCACCCGACACAGUCAAGGGGUAUCCUGGUCUCGUGGACAUGAAGAAACACGGACCACCGGUUCGAGCAACGAACACGCUUGAAGAGAUGUCCAAUCUCGCCGGUUUCUUGAAUAUCAUCAAAACGGAGGACCUGCGACGCGGUGAGAACAAAGAUACUGCUUACAUCUAUCGGGAAGUGUUAAAAGGAGUGACUACGACACGUGACGCAUUUGAUGAGAUCGAGGAAAAUGACAUGAGGUACGACGAUUAUCUUGCGACUUAA